AUGGCUCUCAGGUUCUCCUACUUCGCUUGCGUAGCUGUAUUGGGCCUUCUAGGCAUCACAUCCGCGGAAUUCGACUACAAUCCAAAUGUUUACAAUACUAACAAUAGCAACAACAAUAAUAAUAAUAUCGAAACGCCUAACAUAAAUGGUUAUGACGAUGACAUCCAACAGCCAGCUAACAGCUACGACGCUCCACUAGCAGCUCUUAACACCUACAAUAAUAAUAAUUCAAAGCAGCAACAGCAGCAACCUCCAGUGAAUGGUUAUAACUACGACGUCAACAACGCGCAACAGCCACUUUCAAACAACUACAAUAACAAUAAUCCUCAACAAUCGCAACAGGAGCAGCAACAACAGCAACCACAAGAGUCACAGCGCAACGACUAUGGAUAUGCAAAAGGCGCCGAAGCGCAACCCACCAACGCCAUAGCUACACCCGCUGGCUAUGACUAUAAGCCACAAAACUAUGCCGCCCUUUCUUCGUCCUCAUCGGCUUCAGGUUCUACUACCACAUCAACAAAUAUCGAAACAUCAUUCAGUGCGCAAGGACGGCAAACAUUCGCCCCCGCCGCGCCAGUUGAAGAGUACAAUCCGCCCGCUAAAUACGAGUACAGCUACAGUGUACAUGAUGACGAUACUGGUGAUAUCAAGUCACAUAAUGAAGCCCGCGAUGGCUACUUUGUCCAGGGAUCAUACAGUGUAGUUGAUCCUGAUGGCUUUCAGCGCACGGUCCGUUACACCGUUGAUGGACCGAGUGGCUUCAAUGCUGUCGUCAAUCGUGUGCCAUAUGCGUUGAAGCCAGUAGUCGCCGCCGUAGGUUUAAGUGCUUCACCGACCUCCGCCGCACCCAUUACUAAUAUAGCUGAGUUGCCUCUCAGCAAUAGCGCUUUGUUGGAGCAGUCUUCUGCUGCUGCUUCGUCAUCAUCCAUAUCAGCUUCGGAGCAAGCGGACGGUUCAAAUAGCAACUUGCCUGUGGAGCCACGUGACAGUUACGCAACGCCUCCAUCCAGUUCCCGGGAUGGUAAAGGGCGAUACCCAUAA